AUGAGUUCUAUUUGCAUUUCUAAUUGUUUGAACGAUGCAAGGGAGCCCAAGGUGCGUAUGAGGGCAACCUAUGUGAAUCUUCACAAAUGGCCCGAGUUAGAUGCCGAGUUUAUAAGAUCAAGGGGCGGUUCAUCCAUGCAUUGUCGACCACCAAGUGAUGGAGUUAUCUCCUGCAGGCAGAUGUAUCUGAGGAGCUAUAGAUUUUCCAGGAAACAAACUGUGCCCCAAAAGACUGUGAAAUGCUUUGGGAAAGUUAAAGACAAGAUGCGUGGGAGGAAGAAGAACAGCCAAAGGAGACGUCUUUUAAGUAGGAGGAAGUGUUUGGUUUGGAGAAAAGUUAAGGUUGUUUUGUUUAGGUUUUUUAAUAGGUUGCUCUCUUGCUCUGCUAGUGUUGAUGUUUUGGAUCAAAGGACUGCUUCAUUCUGA